AUGGACUCGUUCAUGCUGCAAGAUGCAGCCGCCUUGGAUCGUGUGCGCCUGGCCCAAGAGUUUCUUGACCCCCAAAACGACUCUCAGGGACGCAGCUACCGGUCGGCGAUAAUCACCAUGUUGCAGAGGAAUAAAAGGAGACUUGUCGUCAAUCUUGACCAACUCCGCGCUCACAAUCCAGACCUCGCCGCGGGCGUGCUCGAGCAGCCUUUCGACUACACUCUCGCUUUCAACCAUGCCCUCAAGCAGAUUGUCAAAACGCUACCAGACUCUGGCGAUGCUGAGAAGCUCAACGAUGUCUCGUACUACUGUGCCUGGGCAGGCAGCUUUGGUCUGAACGCUUGCAACCCCCGAACCCUAUCAUCCCAACACCUCAACAGCAUGGUCUCACUAGAAGGCAUCGUCACUCGAUGCUCACUUAUUCGGCCAAAGAUCGUCAAGAGUGUUCAUUACAACGAGAACAAGGAUGUUUUCCAUUUCCGAGAAUACCAGGACCAGACAAUGACCAACGGCGUCACCACAUCGAGCGCCUACCCCCAAGAAGACGACGACGGAAACCCCCUCACAACGGAGUACGGGUUUAGCACCUACCGAGACCACCAGACCAUAUCCAUCCAGGAAAUGCCUGAGCGUGCCCCUGCCGGUCAGCUGCCCAGAGGCGUUGAUGUUAUACUCGACGACGAUCUCGUGGACGUCGUGAAGCCUGGAGAUCGUGUGCAGCUAGUUGGUAUCUUCAGAACCCUUGGUAACAGAAACACGAACCACAACAGUGCCUUGUUCAAGACGGUCAUCAUCGCAAACCACAUCGUCCUCCUGUCUUCCAAAUCGGGAGGUGGCGUUGCUACACACACCAUCACCGAUACCGACAUCCGAAACAUCAACAAGAUUGCCAAGAAGAAGAACCUCCUCCAGCUACUCUCCCAAUCCCUGGCACCCAGUAUCUACGGCCAUGACCAUAUCAAGAAGGCAAUUCUUUUGAUGCUCCUCGGCGGAGUGGAGAAGAACCUGGACAACGGCACGCACUUGAGAGGUGACAUCAACAUUCUCAUGGUAGGAGAUCCAUCUACCGCCAAGUCUCAGCUUCUUCGCUUCGUCUUGAACACCGCUCCACUUGCCAUUGCCACCACCGGACGCGGCUCCUCGGGCGUCGGCUUAACAGCCGCUGUGACUUCAGAUAAAGAGACGGGAGAGAGACGACUGGAGGCAGGAGCCAUGGUAAUGGCUGACCGUGGAGUGGUGUGCAUUGAUGAAUUCGACAAGAUGUCUGAUAUUGACCGCGUCGCUAUUCACGAGGUCAUGGAGCAGCAGACCGUCACCAUUGCUAAGGCUGGGAUCCAUACGUCCCUCAACGCCAGGUGCAGUGUUGUCGCUGCCGCCAACCCCAUUUUUGGUCAGUACGACACGCACAAGGACCCGCACAAGAACAUCGCUCUGCCUGACUCUCUCUUGUCACGUUUCGAUCUGCUCUUUGUUGUCACCGACGACAUCGAAGACACCCGAGACAGGCAGGUUUCGGAGCACGUAUUGCGGAUGCAUCGGUACCGCCAAGCGGGAACCGAAGAAGGCGCCCCGGUUCGCGAGAACGGCAACCAAGCCCUUGGAGUCGCUCUCAGCAACCAGGCCGACGUCCAACGGCCUACCGACGUUUUCGAAAAGUACGAUGCGAUGCUUCAUGCUGGUGUGACGGUAACAUCCGGCCGCGGCUCGAAUAAGAAGCCCGAGGUGCUCAGCAUUCCGUUCAUGAAGAAAUACAUCCAGUACGCCAAGAAGAUACAGCCUCAACUUACGGAAGCCGCCAAUGAUCGAAUUGUCGAUACUUUUGUCGGGCUGCGUAACGACGAAAUGGAAGGAAAUCAGCGACGGACUAGUCCCCUUACUGCUCGUACUUUGGAAACACUAAUUCGCUUAGCCACCGCCCAUGCUAAGUCUCGUCUUUCCCGUACCGUUGAGGAGCGUGAUGCUCUCGCUGCGGAGGCCAUUCUGCGAUUUGCCAUGUUCAAGGAAGUGGUCGAGGACGAGUCGAGAAAGAAGCGGAGGAAAACACAGACCACCGACUUUGCUUCUUCCAGCGACGAAAGCUCCGAUGAGGACGAUGAUGACUCAAACUAUCGUAGCACUACAAACCGGACGCCUGCAUCGCGGACAACGCGAUCAACCAGAGGGGUCGCUCGCCCUCGAGCAACUGCCAGCAACCACAGUGUCGCCAAUGGUGUUAGCGACGAUGGCGAGGAUAGCGACGAGGAGCAACCAGCGCCUGCAGGAUCGGAAGACACUCAUGACGCCACGCCAAGGAGUUCUCGUCGUUCCGGUCGCGCUGCAGCUUCAAGCGCAGCCUCGCACACGCAGACAUCUUUCGCUUCGUCAGUGCCAUCCUCGCAGCUGCCAUCGCAAGCGCAAGAGGAUGAGGAGGAUGACGAGCUUGCUUCCGGGACUGCCGGGCUUGUCAUUGCAGAUGAACCCAUCAGUGGUCCUCGGCUGGCGACGUUUAGAGCCACUCUCGGCCAACUACUUAACACAGCCUUGUUCGAAGACGAUUCGGCCAGCGUUGACGCCAUUGUUGAAGGAGUAAAUGGCAAGCUUCGGCCGAACAGUGGCGGCGCGUUCAGCAAAGAUGAAGCAGUGAAGGCUCUCAAGAAGAUGGAUGCUGCUAACCAGAUUAUGUAUACCGAUGGAGAACUCGUGUACAAGAUUUAA